AUGCCUUUUCUCAUAUUCAAGGAGCAAAAAGACUUCAUUCAAGGAAGAAAUAUUCAUGACUCAAUCUGUUUAGCUUUUGAGGCCUUUAAUAUGAUGGAUAGGAAAUGCUUCAGCGACAAGCUUUUGAUACUCUUAAUUGAAAAUUUUCUCCUCAAGGUUUUGGAUAGUUUUGGUUUCUCUUCCAAGUAUUUGGAAGAAGUUCUUAGCAGAGGCAUUUCUAGAUUGGUUUUCGUUGGUGUUGUUAAGCCUAUGCUCGGUCCUAAAAACUCGCCCUUUCUUUCCCACACUCUUUAUGUGGAUGACAUUCUCAUUUUUUGUAAAGGCACUAAAGCUAAUUUGCAAGUCAUGUUCUCUUUCUUUUCCUCUUAUGCUGCUGCCUUGGGUCAAGUUUUUAGCCCCUCAAAAUCUUCUUUUUUUGUAGGUGGGAUAUCGAUCAAUCAUCACAUUAAUUCUUUCAUUUGGCUUAGGAUUAAAGAUCAUUGUAAUUUGGUGUUAGAUAAUUCUUAUUGGUCUUUGGUAAACGGAAACAGAAUCCACUUUUGGAAAGAUGCUUGGUCGGGUUCUUUAUUUCUUAAUGAGAUUGGUAAUGUCUCUCUUUCUGAUGUUAAUAUCAACUUUGAUGCCAUUAUUUCUAAUUACUCUACCAAUUUGGAUUGGAAUGUUUUUGUGGCUUGGUUUAAUUUGUUCUCGUUUCUUGAAGAGAGAUUGGUGGAUUUUGUUGUUCAUGAAGGUAAUAGAGAGAAUCUUCUGUGUUGGAAAAGCUUCUUUAAUGGUCUUCUUUCUUUAAAGGAUGCUUAUGCUUUCAUUCAUCGAAAUUCGACACAGGAUCUAUGGGCUAAAAAUCUAUGGAAUAAUAACAUACCUCUCUCUCGUUCCCUUUUGGUUUGGAGGCUGCAUCAAAAUAAAAUCCCAACCUAUGAUCAGUUAAAUCUACGGGGAUUUUCGAUUAUGUCCAAAUGUUCUCUUUGCAACCGACAUGUUGAGAAUUCUGAUAAUCUUUUUUUCUCCUGUUCAUUUGUUGUUGAUUUCUAG